UGGAUAUUUAAGUUUUUACCAAAAGUUGCUUAGCUUGUUGUUACUGUCUGUUGCGAUAAGUGCUUUAUAACUGUGAUUUGGCAGUUUUUCCUGUGCAAAGAAAACAUGUGCUUUCCUACACAUUAAAAAAAUUUGGAGUUUUGCUGUAGCAGCAGCCGUUUUCAUUAAUGAUGCAAAAGGAAUGAUAGAAGGAAAUCCGUGUGCGCCCAACCCUUGCGGCCAGAACACUCAGUGCUACGUGUCCAGUGGACGUCCCGUCUGCUCCUGCCUUCCUGGCCACUGGGGGAAUCCACUCUCCUAUUGCCAGCGGGGAGAGUGCCAAGACAGCAAUGAUUGUCCACCCAGCCGGGCCUGCAGGGACUACCAGUGUGUGGACGUGUGUGCUGGUGCCUGCGGUGUCAAUGCUGACUGUCAAGUGAGGAACCACGUACCCGUCUGCAGCUGCCCAGCUCGCUACACUGGUGACCCGUUCGGCAGCUGUCGGCUCAUGGAUCCACAGGAACUGUGCCAGCCGUCACCGUGUGGGCCAAACACCAAGUGUGAAGUGAUCAAUAACACACCCACCUGCUCUUGCCUGCCGGGAUUCCAGGGAUCACCACUGCAAGGAUGUAGACACGAGUGCGAGAGUGACUACGAGUGCUCGUCCACCCAGAGCUGCCAGAACUUCCGUUGUGUAUCUGCCUGUGCUACCGGCGUCUGUGCGCCUACGGCCAACUGUGUCGUCAACAACCACCGUGCCGUGUGCUCCUGCCCACCCGGGUACCUGGGUGACCCGUACCUAUCCUGCCGUGCCGAGUGUUUGUCGCACGGGGACUGCCCGCCCGGCCGUCCCUCCUGCAUCAACGCCAAGUGUGUGGACCCUUGUGCCGGUGUAUGCGGUGUCAACGCCAACUGCCGAGUGAGGGAUGGAACCACCGCGGUCUGCAGCUGUCCCCGUGACAUGACUGGAAACCCUUUCGUCAGCUGCCGCCCCUUCGACAAAAUGGUACGCUCUUCGAUCCUGAUGGUUCGUCGCUGCUUCCCGCUGCGCAGAUUCAAUGACUUGUGUAUACCUAACCCGUGUGGACAGAACGCACGGUGCGAACCGGGGCACGACCGUACCGGCAAGGAGCGGCCAGUGUGUACCUGCAUCCCUGGAUACCUGGGCGAUCCCUUGACUUACUGCCGCCGGGGCGAGUGUUCCUCCGACGCCGACUGUCGCAGCGACCAGAACUGUCUCAACUACAACUGUGUGUCGUCGUGCAGUAACCAGUGCGGGGUAGGAGCUGUCUGUAACGCCCGCAACCACAUCGCCGUCUGCUCCUGUCCACCCGGUCACACAGGGGACGCUCUGUCCCGCUGCUACUCGAUACCCGCACCCGUCGCCCGCGCCUUCUACAAUAAGUAACUGACAUCAGGAGUGCCUUAACACGACAACCGACUAAUAACUGAUCCACAGAUUGGGACUCGUAGCGAACGCACGUUCCGGCUGAACACGCAUUGCGGUUGUACAGAGGAUAAGCAUUCGCUACAAUAUCAACCGUCAUCACCCUAUUAGGGAUGUUGUUGCAAACAGUAAAACGUACUAUAAAAGUAAAAUAAAAAAAACAGACAUAAGAAUAACUUAUAUCAUAACGAAGCACCAAUAUCAUCUGUUUAUAAUUUGCACUCGAUUCUAUAUUACGAUAUAAGGUGUACGGUAUAUGAAGAACGUAUAAUUAUAUCGUAAAAAUACCUUAAAACUAAUAAAAGAUCAGGAAAUGUCAUUCGACAUUAUUUAUCAAAUGAAUUAAAGUAUUUAUUUUUUAACGACAACAAAUAUAAUUCAUAAAAAUAUAUUUAAAAGAAUAAACGUGGCUCUUACCAUGAUUACAGAUUACAUUAUAACAGCUCGCAAUGGCACUGCACAGCAAAAGAGUGUAUAAUGCAGAGCAUCUCAUUCAAAUCAAAUGUCUAAUUACAGAAAAAAAAACAAAAACAAAAAAAAUUGUUAUGCGUUAGCAUAAUUGUUACGUAUGAUUCUGAUUUUAGCCAUUUUUACCAGAAUGUGCCUUACGUCACAGCCUUCAAUUAUCUUCACACCGCUAAUAAAAAACCCCCGAUUAUAUAGAGGCUUAACUAAGGCACUUAUUUAUAAAAGAAUCAAGUGUACAUUUUAAAGUGCCCGGAGAAACGGAGCAUUACAUUUAUUACAACUAUUUCAUUGAUUUUCUUAGACCCGGAAUACACACUAUUUCGCUAAGAUAUGCCCGCAGUGUUUGCCGCGAUUGGCGUAUCGGAAUCGAUAGUGUGUAGUUCGGAUCUCAGUGGACUAUACCGAUCAGUCUCGCGUACUCUACCUCGCUUGCUACAAAUAUGCGGAUAAAGCUGACGGAAAGGUCAAAAUAAAUUUAAAUGAUAAAAAUGCCCUUGAAAUUCAUUUCCAUGUGAAAUGACUCUAGUGAUUUAUUAAUUUCAGCCACAACUUUGUCAUAUUUCACUUAUCCAGCUGUUUUGCCAAUCUAAUAAUUAAAAGCUCGGCAGUAUGAACCAGUUAUUAUACUCCAAAUUUUAAAUAAAUAUUUCAGUAACCAUUCUGUAUACACAGCUUAUUGUUUGAGCAUUUUGUGACUUUAAAAUCAUAUAUUUGUAAAUGAAUAUUAAUGUAAAGUAAUAAAUUAUUCAUAAACAAAA